AUGUAUCCAAUAGAUCGUCGCCCCUUCCUCUUCCGUCUAUUAGAUUUCUUGCUGCUGCUGCAGCCCCUCCAGCAGCAGCAGCAGCAGCAGCAGCAGCAGCAGCAGCAUAUGAAGGGGAAAAUAUGCGCAGUAACGGGGUGUACGUCCGGCAUAGGGGAAGAAGUUGUGCUGCAGUUAGCUGCAUGGGGGGCAAGGGUGGCCCUCUUAUGCCGUAACGAGGAGGAGGGGAGACAAUUAGCUAGACGUAUACAUAUACAGCAGCAGCAGCAGCAGCAGCAGCAGCAGCAGCAGCAGCAGGAGAGAGGGGAUCUAGGGGUAUGCGGCAGUGCAUGCAAGGAUGGAUGUAUUGCUCGUUUUAUUAAGACAGAUCUAUGCUCUGCUGCUUCCCUUCGUGCUGCAGCAGAGGAAGUUAUAGACUUCUGCAGCAGCAGCAGCAGCAGCAGCAGCAGCAGCAGCAGCAGCAGCAGCAGCAGGAAAUGGGGUCUAGAUGUAUUAAUACAUAAUGCUGGUGUCUUAUUGACUGGGGAGAUGGAGACAGUCCCCCUAACAGCAGCAGCAGCAUCUGCUGCUGCUGCAGUAUACCUAGGAGAAGAUACAGCAGCAGGACGAGCAGGAGCAGCAAUAGCAGCAGCAAGACGCCAAUCAGCAGCAUCAGCAGCAGCAGCAGCAGCAGCAGAAGAAGAAGAAGGAGUAGAGAAAAUGUUUACUACUCAUGUAUUAGGUCCUUAUAUACUUACACGUUUGCUGCAUUGGGGUGUACAGGCAGUUAAUGGCAGAAUUAUCUUUGUGUCUUCUCUUGCUCAGCAUAAUGCUGCAGCAGAUUACCAUCCAAUUAAAUCUAUUUGCUGCAGCAAAUCAUAUGCUGCUGCUGCUGCUGCUAUUGAGGAAGCAGCAGCACAAUGUACAGAUCCUUAUACUGCAGCAGCAGCAGCAGCAGCAGCUAAUGAUGUUAUGCCAUGGACUAAGGAAACAUUUGAUGGUAAGAUUGGCUAUGCAUGCAGCAAACUAGCAGAGACAUGGCUUGCUGCUGCACUGCAGCGCGAGCUCAACAGCAGCAGCAGCAGCAGUAGCAGCAGCAGCAGCAGCAAGGGGGGUAGUGAUGGUCCAUUGGUCAUGAGUGUACACCCUGGUGUUGUAGAUACUAAGCUGCCUAGACACCUGAAGAAAAGUGUGGGGUGGGGCUUGCUGCUGCUGCUGAUAAGAAAAACACUAUUAAAGCAGCAGCAGCACGGAGCAGCAACGGUGCUGCUGCUAGCAGCAGCACCAGCAGCAACAGCAGCAGCAACAGCAGCAGCAGCAGCAAAUAAUAAUAAUAAUAAUAAAAUAGAGGGAGGAAGCUACUAUGCAGAAGGAGAGAAAGGAAUAGCAGACACAAGAGCAGCAAAUGAAUUGCUGCAGCAGCAAACUCUUGCUAUAUGCAAAACAUUAGCAGGAAUAUAA